UGGGUGGCUCCCUCCCUGGCCCAACCCCACCCUCGCUGCCGCAGCCUCAGCCCAUCUCUCAGGGAAGGUAUGAAGCGGCCACUGAGCCCAUCUCCCCCGGGUGAGAAGGAGCCCCCCGGAUCUGGAGCUGCUGAGUGCCCCCCUCGGCCUCCAGAACCACCUAAGCCCAAGCGGGAAAGAAAACGGCCGUCGUACACCCUCUGCGACGUCUGCAACAUCCAGCUGAACUCGGCAGCCCAGGCCCAGGUGCACUGUGGGGGGCGGGCCCACCAGAGGCGCCUGCGGCAGCUCAGCUUGGGAAAGACGCCCCUGGGGCCAGCAGGCCCGGCCUCCAGCACCCCCAGCCCCCUGCUGGCCUCCCUGCCCCUGCCCGCCAGGCCUCUGCAGCCCCCGCUGGACUUCAAGCACUUGCUCGCCUUCCACUUCAAUGGCGCCACCCCGCUCAGUCUCUUCCCCAACUUCAGCACGAUGGACCCGGUCCAGAAAGCUGUCAUCAGUCACACAUUUGGGGUUCCCUCCCCUCUGAAGAAGAAGCUCUUCAUCUCCUGUAACAUCUGUCACCUGAGGUUCAACUCAGCGAACCAGGCCGAAGCACACUACAAAGGCCACAAACACGCCAGAAAACUCAAGGCUGUCGAAGCCGCCAAGAGCAAGCAGAGGCCGCAAACCCUGGCCCAGGAUGGGACGCUGGUGUCCCCAUCCCCGACUCCAGCCAGUGGAGCCCCUGAAGAGCCACAGAGCAAAGCAGUUCCUGCAGCCCCUCCUCCUGGUCCCAAACUCCAGCCACUCCUGAGUCCGGAACCCACGCCCAGGGAGCCGGCCCACUCAGACCUCUUGGAUGCUGCCUCCUCUUCCUCCUCUUCCUCUUGCCCACCCUGCUCCCCAGAGCCUGGGAGAGAGGCGCCAGGGUCUGAACCGGCGGCAGCUGCUGUGGAAAGUGGUGUGAGUGGGGAAGGCAGGAGCGAGAAGGGGCGCCUCUACUGCCCCACGUGUAAGGUGACCGUGAACUCCGCCUCCCAGCUUCAGGCUCACAACACAGGAGCCAAGCACCGGUGGAUGGUGGAAGGUCAGCGGGGCGCUCCCCGCAGGGGCAGGGGCCACGCAGUGCCCCGGGGAGGAGCUGGACACAAGGCCAAGAGAGUGACAGGGGUCCGCGGGGGCCGGCAGGGGCCCAGGCCCCCUUUCCACUGUGCUCUCUGUCAGCUCCAGGUCAAUUCAGAGACCCAACUCAAGCAGCACCUGAGCAGCAGGAGGCACAAAGACCGCCUGGCCGGGAAGCCCCCCAAGCCCUCCAGCCAGCACAGCAAGCUGCAGAAGCACGCAGCGCUGGCUGUGAGUAUCCUCAAGUCUAAGCUGGCCCUGCAGAAGCAACUCACCAAGACGCUGGCAGCCCGCUUCCUGCCCAGCCCCAUCCCCGCCGCGGCGGCAACCAUCUGUGCCCUCCCAGGGCCCCUGGCCCUCCGGCCUGCGCCCACGGCAGCCACCCUCUUCCCGCCUCCGAUCCUGGGCCCAGCUCUGUUUCGCGCCCCAGCGGGAGCCGUUCGCCCUGCCACGGGACCCAUCGUCUUUGCCCCCUAUUAGCCCUCCUGGGGAGCCCGGGGCUGAUUUCCCAGCAGUUGCCCUCCCCCUCCUCCUCUCCCCAAGAUGCCUCGGUUCCCUACAUCCCACAGGAGACUGCCUUUUACAGCCUAGGGGUUCCUGCCCAAUCUAGGAAGAGCUGGGCUAAUGCUAAGAGCCCUUCACUCAAUCUGCACUGGGGAUUCAACUAAUGCCCCCCGCCGGCCCAAGGACCAUUCAUCUGCACCCUUCCCUUCCCCAGGCUUCUAGGGCUAGCCCUGGGCUCCCCUCCAUUUCCCAUCCUGAUUUAUGGGGAACAAACUGGAAAAUCCAAAGAUCUAUGCAAAAUCCUAGUCCCAGCCCUGUGGUGCUCUCAUUCUCCCACUCAAGACCUAUACUCACGUGGCCCGAGGUCCGAGGAAUCUUACCUUCUCCUAGCCCCGACCUCUAUUCCCAUGCCCUGGGGGCGGGGAGGGGAGGCCCUCCCCAUUCACUGGAUUCUCUAGAGAAUCACUGGUGUUGAGGUGGCCGUCUCUAGGGAGAAGCUAAGGGGACAGUCACAGCCAGCCCAACCACAGGGUCUCAAGAUGGAAUGGGUUCAAGGUUACCUGGACGAGCUGACCAUGGGGGUGUGGUGGAAGACUGUGGAGGAGGAAGGGAGCAGUGCUAAGUGGGGCAAAGCCAAGGGGUGGCUGGAGCUGCGAGCCUCUGGGGCUUUCCAUCCGCUCUGACAGGAUGGGGCUACAACGGGGGAGGCGAGGGUAAUGUGCUGGCCGGGCCCAGUUUUUAACAGAGGAAGUGAUCAGUCCCACACACGUUCUCCCCUUAGCCUUUCAUUGAUUCCUCCUGAAUCCCA